UUGUAUUUCAGCAGUCGGAAAAGUUCGCAAAGGUGGAAAACCAAUACCAGUUACUGAAAAUAGAAACUGACGAGUUCCAAGGACUUCAAAGUAAAAUCAGUUUAAUUUCAGAAAAGUGUCAGAAAUCUGAAGCUAUCAUGGAACAAUUGAAGUCUUUUCAAAUAAUUGCUCGUCUAAAGCGUCUACAGGAGGAAAUUUAUGAGGUAAAAACCCGGUCCCACAGGAUAACUGAAAAACAGGAUAUAUUGAACAACAAUUUAACAACUCUUUCUCAAGACAUUACAAAAGUAGACCGAAGUACAACUUCUAUGGCAAAAGAUGCUGGUCUCAAGAUUACAACUGUGAAAACAGAUAUACGACGUAUUUCAGGUUUAGUAAGUGAUGUAACAUCAUUGACAGAUUCUGUGCAAGAACUAGAAAAUAAAAUAGAAAAAGUAGAAAAAAAUACAGUAAAAAACAUAGGUGAUCUUCUUUCAAGUAGCAUUGACCGUACGGCAAUGCUCCGAAAGACAGCAUCUGAAAAUUCACAAAGAAUUAACUCUGUUAGGAAGAUACUGACUGAGCUGAAGAGUGAUUUCAACAAGCACACAGAUAGAUUUUUAAGCUUAGAAAGCGACAGAGCUAAAGUGCUAAAGACAGUGACUUUUGCAAAUGAUCUGAAACCAAAGGUGUAUAAUCUAAAGAAGGAUUUUUCUCGUUUGGAGCCAUUGGUAAAUGAUUUAACACUACGCAUUGGAAGAUUAGUUACUGACUUACUACAAAGAGAGAAAGAAAUUGCUUUCUUAAAUGAAAAAAUAUCUAAUUUAACAACAGUUCGAGCUGAGAUUAAGGAUAUUAGAGAGGAAAUAACGCACAUUUCUGAUAUGGAUGUUUGACAUUAUUUAGAUCAGACUGAGAUAACUUUUAAAAAAUAGGACCUCUGUUAUGUUACUCAAAGACUGAUAAGUCAGAAAUAAUGAUAUUUUGGAGUAAAUAACAUUUCGUAUUUGAUUCUAUAUUGUAUACCAAAAUAAAAUUUUUAAACAGAU